AUGUCCACAUUGGAGAACAUCGAGGUCUUCAAAGUUUCUGAUGCUAGAAAGAAGAUCUUUACAGUUACACAUGAGAUAGAGAUUGAGUCAUAUGAAUGUGAGUGUAAACUAUUUUUAAGGUGUGGUUAUCUAUGCAACCACCUUUUUUUCAUCCUCAGAAACAAAGAUGAAAACAAUAUUCCAGAGAAAUAUGUUGGUAACCGUUGGCUUAAAAGUGAAUUACUAAAGGCAGUUCAUGGUCUCACGAUUGAUGAAAGUGCGUCUGACAGAGGUUCUAACGAAGAUGACAAACUACAGAUUGCUAAUAGGUGUCAUGGACGUUACUUUGGUCUAUAUCAGCGUUCUUUUAGGAAUAAAGAUCAUUUGAAUGCUUUGGAUAAUUUGCUUGCGGGUAUUGGUCCUCAAAUCUUUAAAGAUGACUGUGUUGGAUCGUCGUCUCUUGAUAAAAAUGAUUCAAUCAUGAACAUAUAUGAGGCCACACUCUCUUAA